CAGGGAUCCUCGGACUUGGGAUACAAGUUGGAGCUCACUCGACACAAGAUCCUCUACAACAACCUGGGCGGCUUUGGUCCUGGACAUCUCGAUCAACCCAUGCUGAUGCGCUUCGAAAAGACCUGCGCCAUCGACGAUCAACGCGUGGAUCUGGUGCUUAGUGCGCCCCACGGCUAUCAUCCGCAGCAGCCCGCGCUCAACGGGGUGCACAAUGGGAAUGCAGCAGUCAGCGUGGCUGCUGGAACAUCGGUGGACUUGCGUUUGCUGCUGACCACACAGUCGGGACAUCAGGCGACGCCAAUGAUGCUCUCCAAACUUUAUGUGUCCAUCUUUGACCAGGAGGACGGUCGCGGCCUGUCGGGCCUCGGAAAGGUCGCGGUACGCGGCUUUGAGGUGGUGAUCUUCGCCAAUGGCACGCGCGUGCCCAGCUGGACCUUGCCCAAUACCGAGCAGCAUGGGGCGUGGGUCGUGCCGGUGGGGCCCAGAGUGCUCUUCCUCUUUCGCUACGUCACCAAGUUGGUCAUCACCUUGGCGGCGCCCGAAGGUGGACAUACCUUUUACAUCUCCCUCCAUACGCCAGAUGCUGAGGCCUACACCGAAUCAAAGACAUCAAAGACUCAUUGGCACCGGUCAACGGCUCCAGCCCUGGAAGGACCGGUGGAGCGCGCGCACAACGCUUGCGCCAUGCUGGGCCGCUUCCGCCCGCCUGCGUGGCCCUGGCUGACGCGGCCGCUGCCAGUGCCGAUGCGUGUGCGACGCCGCGGAGCCUGCAGCAGCCUUCGGGGGUUGCAAAAAGGUCGUUUGUGCGCCGUGCCCCUGGCAGUAACGGCUGUGGUCAAACGCUGCCGCGCCGAGCGGCGCGGUUCUUCUUCGCUUGCGGCGCACAAAGGUGCCGUGGAUCACUAUGGUUUGCUGGGCCUCCGGCGUUUCACCCAUGACGCUACGGAGAUCCAAGCGGCAUAUCAGGCAGCGCGGCAUGUCGCGCAGGAGCUGAAGUCCAGCCCUGCAGUCCUGCAACGUUUGGAGGAGGCCAUGAAGGUACUCGAGAACGAGGAGCAGCGCGAGCACUAUGAUGCGGCGCUCCGAACCACCGCGGAACCAAGCACGGCUGAGCCGGUGCCCAAAGGACAGCUGGCGGCGGAGGCGAAUGUGGUGCCUGGCAGUCAAAAAGUCUAUGUGAAGACCUUCGGGUGUCAACACAACCAAUCCGACGGAGAGUACAUGAUGGGCCAACUGGCCAUGCACGGCUACACCUUGGUCGACUCCCUGGAUGCCGCGGACAUCUGCGUGGUGAAUUCCUGUACCGUGAAGAACCCGGCGGAAUCCCGCGGGCUGCACCUGGUGAAUGAAGCGACCAGGCAAAAGAAGCAGGUGGUCUUGGCCGGAUGUGUGCCAUCAGGCGACCGAAGUCUGCCAAAGAAGCUUCCUCACGUCAGUAUGCUGCACGUCACGCAGCUGGAUCGCAUCGUCGAUGUGGUCGAGGAAGCCAGCAGAGGUCGCGUCUGUACCUUGCUGGAGAAGAAAAAGGAGGGGAAAAGCUCCGCGCUGCCGUCCUUGUCGCUACCCAAGGUGCGACAGGAUCGGUUCACAGAGAUCAUCACCAUCAACGCGGGAUGUCUGAAUUUCUGUACAUAUUGCAAGACUCGCAUGGCCCGAGGAACUGUGAAGUCAUAUUCGGUGGAGGAGAUCGUGGCACGGGCCCAAGAGGCGGCGGAGGAAGGGGUGUGCCACAUCGAGCUGGCCUCGGAGGACAUGGGCGCUUAUGGUGUGGACAUCGGGAGCAACAUCGGUGAGCUCUUGCUUCGCUUGUCGGAUGCUCUGCCACCACAAGUGAUGCUGCGGACGGGCAUGACGAAUCCUCCCUACAUCAUGCAACACCUCGAUAGCGUCAUUGAGGCUUUACAACGACCCAACAUCUAUAGCUUCAUGCACGUGCCGGUGCAAAGCGGUUCCAAUGCGGUGCUGAAACACAUGAAGCGAAAAUAUAGCGUGGAGGAGUUCCAACACUUGGUGGAUCGCUUGCGAGACGCCAUUCCAGACAUCUACCUGCUCACGGAUGUCAUCUGCGGAUAUCCCACCGAAACGGAGGAGGACUGGCAGAUGACGCUGGACUUGGUGAAGCGUUGCAACUUCCACGGAGUCUAUUCCUCGCGCUUCUUCGCGCGCUCCGGGACGCCGGCCGCCCGCUUGCCUCAGUUGCCGCAUGCCGUGACCAAGCGACGUUACCAGGAGCUGUGUGCCCUGGACGCCUGUAACGAUCGCCACCUGGCCCUCCUGGGCCGCACGGAGCGGGUCUGGUUCGCCGGCAGCGACGAGACACGGCACCAGACUCUGGGACGAAGCAAGAACUUUGCCAAGGUGCUGGUGCCGCAGGACGACGCUCUGCUGGGCCAAAGUGCCCUGGUGGAGAUCCAGAAGACCUGCGUGCAGCACGUGGAGGGCCGGGUGGUCACCAGUGACCACCGGUGACGGCGGUAGUGCCAGGGAUGGUGAAACUCGAAACUUUGG